AUGCUCGUCCAUCAAGCAAGCGAGAUUCAGCCUGCUGUUCGCUAUGCUGUCGUCGGCAUAGGUUCUCUGCAUUGGAGCGGCAUGAAGAACACUAAUGCCACAGCUGCUUGUCAAAUGCCAUCAUUCUCCCUUCGACAAUGCAACAAAGCACAUGAGCAUCUGCAACAAAACCUUGCGGCUGAUAUCUCACGACGGCCACGUAUGGAAACAGUCUUAAUUUCCUGCGCCAUCAUGUUAGCAUUCGCAUUUAGCCAGGGUGAUGCUCGUGCGGGUGGUUGUCAUCUGCGUGCAGGCUAUGCACUCUUACAUGAAUGGCAAAGAGUUCAAAUGGAUAAAAGCCCAAUUGGCGCGGUUGCCCUCGAAAGUUUCUACCAAGUCUACUUGGAUUGGCCGCCUCUCAUGGGAACUGAGGCUGAUUUGAAGGACUUUUCUUACCCCCUUCAGCUCGCCACGGAGUACCAAAUGGAUGUACUCAUCGAGACACCGGAAGAAGCAUGCGGCAUAUUGCUCAUCCUCGGAUGGUUGGUUUUGCAGAUGAUGCCUGGGCCGCCUACAAAUAUGUCUGUCGAUAGUGCCCCUUUCUCAGUCUUGGAAAAGCUCCAGCAUUGGAAAUCCUUGAUUCUACAGAGAGGUCAUAAUCUAUCCCAAGCAAGGCGAGAUACUAUUGCGAUUCUUGAUAUUUGGAGCGAGGUCAUUCUUAUCAAAGGGCUCACCGACAACCGACUGGAAGAGGGAGAGACGAGAUAUGACGACUAUUCAUCCCAUUUCCAGCGGACAGUUCAACAGGGCAAGAAGAUUUUGGCUCAGCGGUCUUUGAGAAGCUCUUGGGCCGCGUCAGGAACUGUGGCACCGCUGUUUUUUUGCGCAUUUAAAUGCCGCGAUUGGGCUAUUAGACGAGAGGCCCUAGACCUGCUGAGUGGACAGAGCAGUGAACAAGGGAUUUGGUCAAUAUCUAAGACUUCCUUGGUUCUGGAUCGUCUGAUUAAGAUAGAGUCCGAAGGCUACCAACCUUGA